AAAGGCAGCGCGCGCAGCGAGCUGUCGCGUCUGGUCGUGGUCUGGCGGAGCUGCGGUUGGCUUGUGGAGUCUCCGCCGCCGCCGCCGCCCUCCCUUCCUCUUCCCCAUCUUCUUCUCUCGGUCCCGGGAGCCCCCACCCGGAGUGAGUAGCGCGAGGCGGUGCGAAGGGUGGGCAGCCGCCAGGAGAGGGGAGGCCGCGACCCCUAACUGCUUCGGCACCCUGAGGUUCCCCGGCUCGUCACGUGAGCCGGCGCGUGCGCGCGGGCCGGCACAGGCCCCACGUGCGCGUCCCCAAGAGGUCCACUGGCCGGACCUGGGCAGGGACUACGGAGCAGUCCAUGGGUCGGGGUACAGGAGGAAAGUCAAGGCACUCAAAGCCCAGGCAGGGCACUCCCCCACCCCGGUCCCCAGACCGCAGCAAAUCUCUUUCUCUGAGCCUGUUUACUUCCGAGAAACAGGGAUAUGGAGAGCGCCCACUCGGAGGAUGGAUGGGAGGAAUUGGUAAAAUGCCCAGUUCAGAGCCUGACACAGUUAAGUGCCCGUUGCACAGAAGUUGCUGUCGUAUUUAACCUUGGGUCCCGCGCGAGCGCCAGCCCGACACAGGUGCAGCUCAAAAAAGACAGCCCGAGAGCCCUUGCGGCCAAGGUCAGCCUGUCUGCAGGGAGGCUGCCAUAUCGAAAAGCCCAGGCUUUGCUGCCCACCAACUGUGUGAUCUCUCCCUCUGGACUUUGGUUUCUCCUCUGUACUAUAAGUGAUUGCCACAGCUGGUGUCAGAGACCCUGACAGCGGGGAGGAACAGUGUAACCGGUGGUUGUGGUGUGUAGAAUUAUUGCCCAGUGAGAUGGGAUGAGUUGGGAGGAACCAGGGCUAGUAUAAGGAACCUGGAUUCCCUCCUUAAUUCUGUUCUCGGCUUCCUGUUUGUAUGUUUAAAGACACAUCACUUCCUUUAGUGUGCUGGUUUUUCUCUAUGUAAACUGAGGACUGUGCGGGGGUUGGAAGUACGCAUGGAGUGUUUUGGUGGAGGCCGGAAGCCCUAGGAUCACAAGGAUAGCAUCUGAAAGAUCUCGGUGGGGGUUCUGUGCUUAGGCAGAGGAAGCUCACUCCCCACUCUGGCUGAUUUGCAGAGCUGUUUGAGUCUGCUGGAUUGGCCACCCAGCAUACCAGUAACAGUCCCCUAGGUGUGUCCAACAGUACAGCUUCUAUGGCAUUCUAAGGCAGUUUUCCCAUUUGAUCCUCAUAGGGGGCAGAGUUGACAAGAAUCUCAUUUGACAGAGAUUUCUAAGCUCAAGAGAGAGUAUGUGCCUGGCACUGUGCCAAGCACUUUAAGCUUUUCGUAUGCACUUUUAAUCACAGCCUUUAAAGUCGGUAUUACUGUUCCAUUUUAUAGAUGAACUGAGGAAUGGUGAGGUUUAAUGUCUUAAUCUGUGCUUACACAGCAGGUGUGCAGAGCCAAGAUUCAGAUCUGGUUCAUCUGACUCCAUCAGAGCCUUUGUUAGUUUUUAAAUGUAUCCCCUGUUUUGUCUUCUUCCCUCCCUUUCUCACUUCCUUCUUUUUCUUAGAGCACUCUGCCGUUUGCAUGUGGCCUGCUGCUGUCCACAAAGAUCCAGGGAGGAUGGACUCUGUCCACUAGGCUGCUAGAGGGUGGAGGUAACUUUUAGGCAAGCUUUUCCGUAGAGACUUACGUGAGGAGGAUGAGAUGACUGCAAAAGUCUGCCGCUGACAGUUUCAGCACUAUUUUCUUCCAUGGGUUGUGGGAGAAGAGAUGCAGUAGCCUGGGUCUGAACACCUUGGCGGGGAGGAGGAGGCAGCAGCCAGGUGACCGUGAAGCAUGUAGGAUCACAUUUACUGGCUGAGCAGGCAUUUACCAGGCAUGAGGGGUUUCUCUUCCUCUCUGAGCUAGCCUAGGGUGCACACAAAGCCAGUGUGCUCCUGGCCGCCCCCGCCCCCGCCCCCCCGCAGGCCCUGCAGCCACAGAUGGCAUCUGUGCUCUGGAGCAGAGUGUAGCAGGACCUCCUGCUGUUGGCCGACCGACCUUGCUGUUCCCUCGGGCUCUUAGGGACCUCCUCCUGCCCCACUCCAAUCUGGACACUGGGAGGCAGAAUGUAGCCAGGACCCCAGGAAUCCCGUUUAUUAAUGAAUCAGCUGUUAGGGCAAAAGUCAAAGUCAGGCUUGCCAUUUCCCGGCCAGGAUGUGCCUCCCCUGGCUUGUUCCCAGAAUUUGCGUUAGAGACGGGGUUUCACCAUGGUCUCGAUCUCCUGACCUCGUGAUCCACCCGCCUCGGCCUCCCAAAGUGCUGGGAUUACAAGCGUGAGCCACCGCGCCCGGCAAGAGAGUCGCGGUUGCUGAUCGUGGUGCUUGAGCAGAGCCGUGGUUGGUGACAGCAUGACAAGCGAGGUGAUAGAAGACGAGAAGCAAUUCUAUUCCAAGGCCAAGACCUACUGGAAACAAAUCCCACCCACGGUGGACGGCAUGCUUGGGGGGUAUGGCCACAUCUCCAGCAUCGACAUCAACAGCUCCCGGAAGUUUCUGCAGAGGUUUUUGAGGGAAGGCCCGAACAAGACAGGAACAUCCUGUGCCCUGGACUGUGGAGCUGGCAUUGGAAGGAUCACCAAGCGGCUGCUCCUGCCGCUGUUCAGAGAGGUGGAUAUGGUCGACAUAACAGAGGACUUCCUGGUUCAAGCCAAGACCUACCUGGGGGAGGAGGGCAAGAGGGUGAGGAACUACUUCUGUUGUGGGCUCCAAGACUUCACCCCGGAGCCGGACUCUUACGACGUGAUCUGGAUCCAGUGGGUGAUAGGCCACCUCACCGAUCAGCACCUGGCUGAGUUCCUGCGGCGCUGCAAGGGCAGCCUCCGCCCCAACGGUAUCAUCGUCAUCAAAGACAACAUGGCCCAGGAGGGCGUGAUUCUGGACGACGUAGACAGCAGCGUGUGCCGGGACCUUGACGUGGUCCGCAGGAUCAUCUGCAGCGCAGGCCUCAGCCUCCUGGCCGAGGAGAGGCAGGAGAACCUCCCCGAUGAGAUCUACCAUGUCUAUAGCUUUGCCCUGAGAUGAGCCGGGGCUGGCAGGAGAAACUGAGGAACCACAGUCCUGGUGGGGGGAGCCGGCAGCUGGGCAAGAUCCAGGUGCCACACUGGCAGUUCGUGAGUGUCGAGGCACCACUAAAUAUAGCUGUCUGCCGUCCACUCAU